AUGGGGACAAUGGGUCCAGUCCUCUGGACUCUCUCUGUUCUAACUCUGACCUUCCCGACUGAAACACAAUCUAGAGGUCUGAAUCCGCCACACAAUGACCAAGUCUGCAGCACAUGGGGUAACUUCCACUACAAGAACUUCGAUGGAGACAUCUUUCAGUUCCCUGGCUCCUGCAACUACCUGUUUGCCUCCAACUGCAAAAAUAACUACGAAGAUUUCAAUAUUCAGAUAAGACGAGCUGAAGGUGCAGAGAAUACCACCAUUUCAUAUGUGAUCAUGAAGAUUGAGGGACUUGUCAUUGAAAUGACAAAAGGAAACGUCUCUGUGGGAGAUGAGCAAGUCACUCUUCCAUACAGUCAGUUUGGGGUACAAAUACAACAGAGCAGUGUAUAUGUGAAGGUUACUGCUAAACUUGGACCGGUCUUCAUGUGGAAUGAAGAUGAUGCCCUCAUGCUGGUCCUGCCCUCCAAAUACAACGGCAGCACAUGUGGGUUAUGUGGAAAUAUGAAUGGGUUGAAGCAAGAUGACUUCAUUAUUAAUGAUAUUCCACUGACCCCUCUGCAAUUUGGAAAUUUUCAAAAACUGGAUGGACCAACCGAACUAUGUGAAGACAUUACUUCAGCUGCCCCUAAAAACUGCAGUGACCUGCAAGAAACAUGCUUUAGAAUGCUCACCAGUCCAGCCUUCAUUGACUGUAACCAACGACUUCCAGUAGAUCCAUAUGUGGCUUCCUGCAUGUUGGAUCUGUGCAGCUGCACAACUUCUUUUGAUGCCUCCUGUUUCUGUGACACUCUGGCUGAGUACUCACGUCAGUGCGCCCAUGCUGGCGGCUCACCCCAAAAUUGGCGAAAUAAUACUAUUUGUGGAGCCAAAUGUCCAUUGAAUAUGGAAUAUAUGGAAUGUGGGUCACCGUGUACGGACACCUGCUCUAAUCCUGACAGGGCACUGGUUUGUGAAGAACAUUGUAUCGAUGGAUGCUUUUGUCCUCCAGGAACUGUAUUGGAUGAUGUUGACAACAGGGGAUGUGUCCCACAAAGUGAAUGCUCUUGUACACAUAACAACCAGAAGUACGCACCAGGAGAAUCCUACAGCACCAACUGCCGCACCUGUACCUGUACAGGAGGCCAGUGGAGCUGCACAGACUUUGACUGUCCUGGACAUUGUUCUCUGGAAGGAGGUUCUCAUAUCAACACCUAUGAUGGAGGUCACUACACCUUCCAUGGGGACUGUAGUUAUAUAUUUACUAAGGACUGUGACGAUAACACAUUUACUGUCCUGGCCGAUUUGCGGAGAUGUGGUGUCACUGACACAGAGACCUGCCUGAAGAGCAUUACCCUGUCUCUGGAAAAUGGAACCGCUGUUGUCACUGUAAAAUCAACUGGUACAGUUCUCCUGAAUGGCAUCUAUGCUCAGUUACCACUGGCUACAGAAAGCGUUAUUGUGUUCCAGCCAUCCUCAUUCUACCUGAUUAUUCACAGCAUUCAUGGCUUACAGAUUGAAGUUCAAUUGGUCCCACUAAUGCAGAUCUUCGUCACACUGGAUCAUAACUUUCUCGGUGCAACAUGCGGUCUCUGUGGAAAUUUUAACAAUAUUCGUACAGAUGAUUUUCGAUCUCUAAGUGGUGUAUUGGAAGGUACAGCUGCAGCAUUUGCCAAUACAUGGAAGAGUCAAGCAGAUUGUGACGAUAUAAAGGACAGCUAUGAAGAUCCAUGUACACUCAGCGUUGCAAAUGAGAAGUAUGCUCGCUACUGGUGCUCCUUGCUCUUAGACCCCAAAGGACCGUUUUAUCCCUGCCACGACAUAGUGAACCCAAAGGUCUAUGUGAAGAAUUGUAUUUUUGACAGCUGUAAUUAUGAGAAGAGUGACGACAGUGUCUGCGCAGCUUUUUCAUCCUAUGUCCGAGCAUGUGCUGCUGAGGGGAUCACAUUGGUUGAGUGGAGAGGUCAAAUCUGUGAUAAAUAUACUCAGAAUUGUCCCAAGAACUCUACCUACCAGUACACUAUAAGCUCUUGCCAGAAAACUUGUCGCUCGCUUAGUGAACCUGACCCAACUUGUGCUGUCAAGUACAAUCCCCUGGACGGCUGUGGGUGUCCCGAUGGAACAUUUUUAGAUGAAAGUGGAACCUGUGUAUCGGCCAAAGAUUGUCCCUGCUUCUACAAGGGAUCAGUAAUGCCUGCUGGAGAGGUCAUCUUUGACAAUGGAGCCAUGUGCACAUGUCAAGGUGGCAGAUUGAACUGUGCUGGGAGUGCACCAAGUUUGUAUAAAGAAUGUCCAGAUAACAUGCUAUAUGUUGAUUGUGCCAAUGUAUCAAUGGGAGUCGAGUGUCAGAAAACAUGUCAGACAGUAGACUUGGAUUGUUUCAGCAUUCAAUGUGCCUCUGGCUGUGUCUGUACUGAUGGGCUGGUGCUCAAUAACAAUGGCAGCUGUGUGCCUAAAACAGAAUGUCCUUGUUUGUACAAUGGUGAAGUUUACCAUAGUGGGGAUACUAUUCAACAAGACUGCAAUACAUGUACCUGUAAAAGCAGGAAGUGGCAGUGUACAAAGAACGAAUGCCAUAGGACCUGUGUGGUAUAUGGGGAAGGACACUACGUAACCUUUGAUGGAAAUCGAUUCGAUUUCAGCGGUGACUGUGAAUAUACUGUGACUCAGGAUUAUUGUGCUUCCAACUCAGGAAAUGGGACAUUCCGUGUGAUCACCGAGAAUAUUCCUUGCGGAACAACUGGGGCUACCUGUUCAAAGGCCAUCAAAGUGUUUUUGGGAAACUUUGAGCUGAAGCUGAGCGAAGGAGUCUUUGAAGUUGUGGAGAGAGACAGUGGAAGUGAUGUUCCUUACCAGAUCAGACAGAUGGGGAUCUACUUUGUAAUCGAGGCGAAGAAUGGACUUAUUCUCAUGUGGGACAAAAAAACUAGUAUCUUAAUUAAACUCAGCCCCAAAUUCAAGGGACAAGUUUGUGGUCUCUGUGGCAACUAUGAUGGCAGUGUGUCCAAUGAUUUUACCACAAGGAGUCUGUCAGUCGUGGUUAAUGUACAAGAGUUUGGGAACAGCUGGAAGGCAUCACCCAUCUGCCCAGAUGCACAACCUCUAAGAGACCCUUGUAUUACAAAUCCAUACAGAAAGACCUGGUCACAGAAACAUUGCAGCAUUAUUAUGAGCCCCGUCUUCUCUAAAUGUCAUGGCAAGGUUGACCCCAGCCCAUUCAAUGAAGCAUGCGUCCAAGACACUUGUGCUUGUGACUCAGGAGGAGAUUGCGAGUGUUAUUGUACAGCUGUAGCAGCUUAUGCUGCAGCCUGUAAUGAAGCUGGAAUCUGUGUAGCAUGGAGGAGCCCCGAGAUUUGCCCCCUUUUCUGUGAUUACUACAACCCGGAAGGAGAAUGUGAGUGGCAUUACAAACCAUGCGGAUCUCCAUGCAUGAAGACUUGCAGAAAUCCAAGUGGGAAUUGCAUGAACCAACUGCCAGGUUUAGAAGGCUGUUAUCCAAAAUGCCCUAGGUCCCGUCCUUUCUUCGAUGAGGAUAUCAUGAAGUGUGUUGCACAGGCAAACUGUGGAUGCUAUGAUGAUGAUGGCAAACGCUAUAACGUUGGAGACAUGGUGCCUUCAUACAAAAACUGUGAAUCUUGCAUCUGUACCAGAAAAGGACGUCGCUGUCAGAUGGACCUCAGAGCAUGCUAUUGCUAUUAUGGAAACAUGAAAUAUGAGUAUGGAGAGAUCAUCUAUAAUACCACUGAUGGAAUUGGAGGGUGCAUAACAGCCAGAUGUUCAACUAAUGGAACCAUAGACAGAAAUGUGUACCCAUGUGAAACAACUACCACAACACCCACCACAACUUUCAAGUUUGACACAACUACACCACCUGCUGUAAAUCUGUCCACCUCAGAGCCAAUGUCACCAACCUCAGUAUCCUGCCUAGAAGAGGUCUGCAAAUGGUCAAUGUGGUAUGAUGUCAGCUGUCCAACAUUUGGUCUAACGAAUGGUGAUAAUGAAACAUUUGACAAGAUCAGAGAGAAUGGGCACUCUGUUUGUAAGGUUCCAGCCCAGGUGGAGUGUCGAGCAACGAAGUUCCCCAAUAUAUUAGUUGAGGACUUAGGUCAGGUCAUUCACUGCAAUAUAUCCAGUGGACUUUUGUGUUUUAACAAUGAGCAAUUCUCUCAGCUCUGCUUUAAUUAUGAAAUUCGUAUCUUAUGCUGUAGCUACGUGCCCUGUGAAGAUUCAACUGUGUCACCAAAAUAUGUUUCCAGCACAGUUUCUCAACAAACCCUAGAGUCAACUUCCACCAUAAGUAAUACAAAAUCAUGGACAACAAAUGAAAACUCAAAAACAGAAAGCACAAAUGUCUCACAACACUCAUCCACUGCUGUGCCAAAUACCAUUUCUCAUAAAACACCAUGCAAACAGACAUGCACAUGGACUGGUUGGUAUGAUAAUUACUACCCAACUAGUGAGACAUCUGAUGGAGAUUUUGAGACACUUGAAAAUAUUGCAGCUGUUAAUAAUGAUCUUUGCAAAAUGCCAGAUAAUAUUGCAUGUAGAGCUGAAAGGUUCCCAGAUAUAGACUUUAGAGAUCUUGGACAAGUUGUUACCUGCAAUGUCUCCUAUGGUCUUAUCUGUCAUAACAAAGAUCAAAGUAGUAACUUCCCCCUUUGCUAUAACUACCAAGUAAAUUUUCUCUGUUGCUCCAUGAAGGACUGUGAAUCAUCUACCAUUUCUGCCCAUGCAACAACAUUUAUGGAGACAACCACAGUUCUUGCAAAAACAUCUCAAUUGACAAGAACUACAGAAAACAUGAUCACAUCUGAAAAUAUAACAGAGAGAAAGAGUAGUACAGCAUCAUCUCCUAAAGGAGAUCACACAAGUGAAAUUACAGCAACAAAAUUUAACACCAUGGAAACAUCUUCAACUCCUGGAGUUUCCAGGAUUACAUGUGAACCUAUAUGUCAAUGGUCACAGUGGUAUGAUGAAAGUUUUCCAGAUGAUGAAACGUAUGGAGACUAUGAAACAUAUGAAAAUAUCAGAAAUGCUGGGUAUAAUCUAUGUGAUGAGCCAUCGGAUAUCCAGUGUAGAAUUGUUAAUUUUCCAGAUAUUACUUUAGAUGAAUCACAGCAGACUGUACAUUGCAAUGUCAGCAAUGGACUUGUUUGUAUGAAUGAGGAACAGACUGGCUCAUUCCCAUUUUGCUACAACUAUGAAAUUAGAGUUCUCUGCUGUUCUGGGUGUGCAUCUACAACACUAUUGUCUUCAACACCUAGAUAUCCAACCAACACAAGUGCAAGUGAGGUUACAUCCACAAAGGAAGUAGUCUCAAUAUUUACUACAGGCAUUCAUAAGUUAACAAGUGAAACACUUAAAGAAGAAGAGACUACCUUUCAGCCUAUUUCUGUAAAGACAACUGCAUCAAGUGCUUCAGCCACAACACCAGAAAAUGUGCAGUUCCAUACACCAUUAUCACAAAAAACAACAAUGGUUGAAACAGCAGCAAAUGAAUAUACAGGUACACAUGCAAGUACUUCUGGACUGAGCACAGCUUUCAAACAAUCAACAACAAAGCCUGAAGAAGAAGAAACUACUUCUCAGAAACCAAUUACCCAAAAGACAACAAAGUUUUCAACAUCCGCUGGUGAAUUAACUUCCACAAGAAAAUCUUCAACUGCAUCUGGUGAAGUGACAUCUGCUUACAAAACCUCGACACAGAGCACAGCUUUCCAAAAGCCAACCACAACAAAGGAAGAAGAAACUACUUCUCAGAAACCAAUUACCCAAAAAACAACAAAGUUUUCAACAUCUGCUGGUGAAGUAACUUCCACAAGAAAAUCUUCAACUGCAUCUGGUGAAGUGACAUCUGCUUACAAAACAUCGACAAUGAGCACAGCUUUCCAAAAAUCAACAACAAAGCCUGAGGAAGAAGAAACUACUUCUCAGAAACCAGUCACUCAAAAAACAACAAAGUUUACAACAUCCGCAGGUGAAAUAACUUCUACAAGAAAAUCUUCAACUGCACAUGGUGAAGUUACAUCUGCUUACAAAACCUCUAGACAGAGCACAGCUUUCCAAAAAUCAACCACAACACCAGAAGAAGAAGAAGAAACUACUACUCAGAAACCAAUUACUCAAAAAACAACACAGUUUACAACAUCCACUGGUGAAAUAACUUCUACAAGAAAAUCUUCAACUGCAUCUGGUGAAGUUACAUCUGCUUACAAAACUUCUAGACAAAGUACAGCUUUCCAAAAGUCAACCACAACACCAGAAAAAGAAGAAGAAACUACUUCUGAGAAACCAGUUACUCAAAAAACAACAAAGUUUACAACAUCCGCUGGUGAAGAAACUUCCACAAGAAAAUCUUCAACUGCAUCUGGUGAAGCUACAUCUGCUUACAAAACUUCUAGACAAAGUACAGCUUUCCAAAAAUCAACCACAACAACAGAAGAAGAAGAAGAAACUACUACUCAGAAACCAAUUACGCAAAAAACAACAAAGUUUUCAACACCCACUGGUGAAUUAACUUCCACAAGGAAAUCUUCAACUGCAUCUGGUGAAGUGACAUCUGCUUACAAAACUUCUAGACAGAGCACAGCUUUCCAAAAAUCAACCACAACGCCAGAAGAAGAAGAAGAAACUACUACUCAGAAACCAAUUACUCAAAAAACAACACAGUUUACAACAUCCGCUGGUGAAUUAACUUCUACAAGAAAAUCUUCAACUGCAUCUGGUGAAGUUACAUCUGCUUACAAAACCUCUAGACAGAGCACAGCUUUCCAAAAAUCAACCACAACACCAGAAGAAGAAGAAGAAACUACUACUCAGAAACCAAUUACUCAAAAAACAACAAUGUUUUCAACAUCUGCUGGUGAAGUAACUUCCACAAGAAAAUCUUCAACUGCAUCUGGUGAAGCUACAUCUGCUUACAAAACUUCUAGACAAAGUACAGCUGUCCAAAAAUCAACCACAACACCAGAAGAAGAAGAAGAAACUACUACUCAGAAACCAAUUACCCAAAAAACAACAACGUUUUCAACAUCUGCUGGUGAAGUAACUUCCACAAGAAAAUCUUCAACUGCAUCUGGUGCAGAGACAUCUGCUUACAAAACUUCUAGACAGAGCACAGCUUUCCAAAAAUCAACCACAACACCAGAAGAAGAAGAAACUACUUCUCAGAAACCAGUUACUCAAAAAACAACAACGUUUUCAACAUCCGCUGGUGAAAUAACUUCUACAAGAAAAUCUUCAACUGCAUCUGGUGAAGUGACAUCUGCUUACAAAACUUCUAGACAAAGUACAGCUUUCCAAAAAUCAACCACAACACCAGAAGAAGUAGAAGAAACUACAACUCAGAAAUCAAUUACCCAAAAAACAACAACGUUUUCAACAUCUGCCGGUGAAGUAACUUCCACAAGAAAAUCUUCAACUGCAUCUGGUGAAGUGACAUCUGCUUACAAAACAUCUAGACAGAGCACAGCUUUCGAAAAAUCAACCACAACACCAGAAGAGGAAGAAGAAACUACUUCUCAGAAACCAAUUACCCAAAAAACAACAACGUUUUCAACAUCUGCUGGUGAGGUAACUUCCACAAGAAAAUCUUCAACUGCAUCUGGUGAAGUUACAUCUGCUUACAAAACAUCGACACAGAGCACAGCUUUCCAAAAAUCAACAACAAAGCCUGGGGAAGAAGAAACUACUUCUGAGAAACCAGUUACUCAAAAAACGACAAAGAUUUCAACAUCCGCUGGUGAAGAAACUUCCACAAGAAAAUCUUCAACUGCGUCUGGUGAAGUGACAUCUUCUGACAAAACUUCCAGACAGAGCACAGCUUUCCAAAAAUCAACAACAAUGCCUGAGGAAGAAGCAACUACUUCUGAGAAACCAGUUACUCAAAAAACAACAGAGUUUACAACAUCCGCUGGUGAAAUAACUUCUACAAGAAAAUCUUCAACUGCAUCUGGUGAAGUGACAUCUGCUUACAAAACAUCGACACUGAGCACAACCUUCCAAAAAUCAACAACAAAGCCUGAGGAAGAACAUACUACUUCUGAGAAACCAGUUACUCAAAAAACGACAACGUUUUCAACAUCCGCUGGUGAAGAAACUUCCACAAGAAAAUCUUCAACUGCAUCUGGUGAAGUGACAUCUACUUACAAAACUUCCAGACAGAGCACAGCUUUCCAAAAAUCAACAACAAAGCCUGAGGAAGAAGCAACUACUUCUGAGAAACCAGUUACUCAAAAAACAACACAGUUUACAACAUCAGCUGGUGAAAUAACUUCUACAAGAAAAUCUUCAACUGCAUCUGGUGAAGUGACAUCUGCUUACAAAACUUCUAGACAAAGUACAGCUUUCCAAAAAUCAACCACAACACCAGAAGAGGAAGAAACUACUUCUGAGAAACCAGUUACUCAAAAAACAACAAGGUUUUCAACAUCCGCUGGUGAAGAAAGUUCUACAAGAAAAUCUUCAACUGCAUCUGGUGAAGUGACAUCUGCUUACAAAACAUCUAGACAGAGCACAGCUUUCCAAAAAUCAACCACAACACCAGAAGAAGAAGAAACUACUUCUCAGAAACCAGUUACUCAAAAAACAACAAGGUUUUCAACAUCCGCUGGUGAAGAAAGUUCCACAAGAAAAUCUUCAACUGCAUCUGGUGAAGUGACAUCUGCAUACAAAACUUCUAGACAGAGCACAGCUUUCCAAAAAUCAACCACAACACCAGAAGAGGAAGAAGAAACUACUUCUCAGAAACCAAUUACCCCAAAAACAACAACGUUUUCAACAUCUGCUGGUGAGGUAACUUCCACAAGAAAAUCUUCAACUGCAUCUGGUGAAGUUACAUCUGCUUACAAAACAUCGACACUGAGCACAGCUUUCCAAAAAUCAACAACAAAGCCUGCGGAAGAAGAAACUACUUCUGAGAAACCAGUUACCCAAAAAACAACAACGUUUUCAACAUCUGCUGGUGAAGUAACUUCCACAAGAAAAUCUUCAACUGCAUCUGGUGCAGAGACAUCUGCUUACAAAACUUCUAGACAGAGCACAGCUUUCCAAAAAUCAACCACAACACCAGAAGAAGAAGAAACUACUUCUCAGAAACCAGUUACUCAAAAAACAACAACGUUUUCAACAUCCGCUGGUGAAAUAACUUCUACAAGAAAAUCUUCAACUGCAUCUGGUGAAGUGACAUCUGCUUACAAAACUUCUAGACAAAGUACAGCUUUCCAAAAAUCAACCACAACACCAGAAGAAGUAGAAGAAACUACAACUCAGAAAUCAAUUACCCAAAAAACAACAACGUUUUCAACAUCUGCCGGUGAAGUAACUUCCACAAGAAAAUCUUCAACUGCAUCUGGUGAAGUGACAUCUGCUUACAAAACAUCUAGACAGAGCACAGCUUUCGAAAAAUCAACCACAACACCAGAAGAGGAAGAAGAAACUACUUCUCAGAAACCAAUUACCCAAAAAACAACAACGUUUUCAACAUCUGCUGGUGAGGUAACUUCCACAAGAAAAUCUUCAACUGCAUCUGGUGAAGUUACAUCUGCUUACAAAACAUCGACACAGAGCACAGCUUUCCAAAAAUCAACAACAAAGCCUGGGGAAGAAGAAACUACUUCUGAGAAACCAGUUACUCAAAAAACGACAAAGAUUUCAACAUCCGCUGGUGAAGAAACUUCCACAAGAAAAUCUUCAACUGCGUCUGGUGAAGUGACAUCUUCUGACAAAACUUCCAGACAGAGCACAGCUUUCCAAAAAUCAACAACAAUGCCUGAGGAAGAAGCAACUACUUCUGAGAAACCAGUUACUCAAAAAACAACAGAGUUUACAACAUCCGCUGGUGAAAUAACUUCUACAAGAAAAUCUUCAACUGCAUCUGGUGAAGUGACAUCUGCUUACAAAACAUCGACACUGAGCACAACCUUCCAAAAAUCAACAACAAAGCCUGAGGAAGAACAUACUACUUCUGAGAAACCAGUUACUCAAAAAACGACAACGUUUUCAACAUCCGCUGGUGAAGAAACUUCCACAAGAAAAUCUUCAACUGCAUCUGGUGAAGUGACAUCUACUUACAAAACUUCCAGACAGAGCACAGCUUUCCAAAAAUCAACAACAAAGCCUGAGGAAGAAGCAACUACUUCUGAGAAACCAGUUACUCAAAAAACAACACAGUUUACAACAUCAGCUGGUGAAAUAACUUCUACAAGAAAAUCUUCAACUGCAUCUGGUGAAGUGACAUCUGCUUACAAAACUUCUAGACAAAGUACAGCUUUCCAAAAAUCAACCACAACACCAGAAGAGGAAGAAACUACUUCUGAGAAACCAGUUACUCAAAAAACAACAAGGUUUUCAACAUCCGCUGGUGAAGAAAGUUCUACAAGAAAAUCUUCAACUGCAUCUGGUGAAGUGACAUCUGCUUACAAAACAUCUAGACAGAGCACAGCUUUCCAAAAAUCAACCACAACACCAGAAGAAGAAGAAACUACUUCUCAGAAACCAGUUACUCAAAAAACAACAAGGUUUUCAACAUCCGCUGGUGAAGAAAGUUCCACAAGAAAAUCUUCAACUGCAUCUGGUGAAGUGACAUCUGCAUACAAAACUUCUAGACAGAGCACAGCUUUCCAAAAAUCAACCACAACACCAGAAGAGGAAGAAGAAACUACUUCUCAGAAACCAAUUACCCCAAAAACAACAACGUUUUCAACAUCUGCUGGUGAGGUAACUUCCACAAGAAAAUCUUCAACUGCAUCUGGUGAAGUUACAUCUGCUUACAAAACAUCGACACUGAGCACAGCUUUCCAAAAAUCAACAACAAAGCCUGCGGAAGAAGAAACUACUUCUGAGAAACCAGUUACUCAAAAAACGACAAAGAUUUCAACAUCCGCUGGUGAAGAAACUUCCACAAGAAAAUCUUCAACUGCGUCUGGUGAAGUGACAUAUUCUGACAAAACUUCCAGACAGAGCACAGCUUUCCAAAAAUCAACAACAAAGCCUGAGGAAGAAGCAACUACUUCUGAGAAACCAGUUACUCAAAAAACAACACAGUUUACAACAUCCGCUGGUGAAAUAACUUCUACAAGAAAAUCUUCAACCGCAUCUGGUGAAGUGACAUCUGCUUACAAAACUUCUAGACAAAGUACAGCUUUCCAAAAAUCAACCAAAACACCAGAAGAAGAAGAAGAAACUACUACUCAGAAACCAAUUACCCAAAAAACAACAACGUUUUCAACAUCUGCUGGUGAAGUAACUUCCACAAGAAAAUCUUCAACUGCAUCUGGUGCAGAGACAUCUGCUUACAAAACUUCUAGACAGAGCACAGCUUUCCAAAAAUCAACCACAACACCAGAAGAAGAAGAAACUACUUCUCAGAAACCAGUUACUCAAAAAACAACAAGGUUUUCAACAUCCGCUGGUGAAGAAAGUUCUACAAGAAAAUCUUCAACUGCAUCUGGUGAAGUGACAUCUGCAUACAAAACUUCUAGACAGAGCACAGCUUUCCAAAAAUCAACCACAACACCAGAAGAGGAAGAAGAAACUACUUCUCAGAAACCAAUUACCCCCAAAACAACAACGUUUUCAACAUCUGCUGGUGAGGUAACUUCCACAAGAAAAUCUUCAACUGCAUCUGGUGAAGUUACAUCUGCUUACAAAACAUCGACACUGAGCACAGCUUUCCAAAAAUCAACAACAAAGCCUGAGGAAGAAGAAACUACUUCUGAGAAACCAGUUACUCAAAAAACGACAAAGAUUUCAACAUCCGCUGGUGAAGAAACUUCCACAAGAAAAUCUUCAACUGCGUCUGGUGAAGUGACAUCUUCUGACAAAACUUCCAGACAGAGCACAGCUUUCCAAAAAUCAACAACAAAGCCUGAGGAAGAAGCAACUACUUCUGAGAAACCAGUUACUCAAAAAACAACACAGUUUACAACAUCCGCUGGUGAAAUAACUUCUACAAGAAAAUCUUCAACCGCAUCUGGUGAAGUGACAUCUGCUUACAAAACUUCUAGACAAAGUACAGCUUUCCAAAAAUCAACCAAAACACCAGAAGAAGAAGAAGAAACUACUACUCAGAAACCAAUUACCCAAAAAACAACAAAGUUUUUAACAUCUGCUGGUGAAGUAACUUCCACAAGAAAAUCUUCAACUGCAUCUGGUGCAGAGACAUCUGCUUACAAAACUUCUAGACAGAGCACAGCUUUCCAAAAAUCAACCACAACACCAGAAGAAGAAGAAACUACUUCUCAGAAACCAGUUACUCAAAAAACAACAACGUUUUCAACAUCUGCUGGUGAAUUAACUUCCACAAGAAAAUCUUCAACUGCAUCUGGUGAAGUUACAUCUGCUUACAAAACAUCGACACUGAUCACAGCUUUCCAAAAAUCAACAACAAAGCCAGAGGAAGAAGAAACUACUUCUGAGAAACCAGUUACUCAAAAAACGACAAAGUUUUCAACAUCCGCUGGUGAAGAAACUUCCACAAGAAAAUCUUCAACUGUGUCUGGUGAAGUGACAUCUUCUUACAAAACUUCCAGACAGAGCACAGCUUUCCAAACUUCAACAACAAAGCCUGAGGAAGAAGCAACUACUUCUGAGAAACCAGUUACUCAAAAAACAACACAGUUUACAACAUCCGCUGGUGAAGUAAGUUCUACAAGAAAAUCAUCAACUGCAUCUGGUGAAGUAACAUCUGCAUACAAAACUUCUAGACAAAGCACAGCUUUCCAAAAAUCAACCACAACACCAGAAGAAGAAAAAGAAACUACUUCUCAGAAACCAAUUACCCAAAAAACAACAACGUUUUCAACAUCCGCGGGUGAAGUAAGUUCUACAAGAAAAUCCUCAACUGCAUCUGGUGAAGUGACAUCUGCUUACAAAACUUCUAGACUGAGCACAGUGUUCCAAAAAUCAACCACAACACCAGAAGAAGAAGAAACUACUUCUCAGAAACCAAUUUCCCAAAAAACAACAAAGUUUUCAACAACCGCUGGUGAAGUAAGUUCUACAAGAAAAUCAUCAACUGCAUCUGGUGCAGUGACAUCCGCUUACAAAACUUCUAGACUGAGCACAGCUUUCCAAAAAUCAACCACAACACCAGAGGAAGAAACUACUUCUCAGAAACCAAUUACCCAAAAAACAACAAAGUUUUCAACAUCUGCUGGUGAAGUAAGUUCUACAAGAAAAUCAUCAACUGCAUCUGGUGAAGUGACAUCCGCUUACAAAACUUCUAGACUGAGCACAGCUUUCCAAAAAUCAACCACAACACCAGAAGAAGAACAAAAAACUACUACUCAGAAACCAAUUACCCAAAAAACCACAAAGUUUUCAACAACCGCUGGUGAAGUAAGUUCUACAAGAAAAUCAUCAACUGCAUCUGGUGAAGUUACAUCUGCAUACAAAACUUCUAGACAGAGCACAGCUUUCCAAAAAUCAACCACAACACCAGAAGAAGAAAAAGAAACUACUUCUCAGAAACCAAUUACACAAAAAACAACAAAGCUUUCAACAACCGCUGGUGAAGUAAGUUCUACAAGAAAAUCAUCAACUGCAUCUGGUGAAGUGACAUCCGCUUACAAAACUUCCAGACAGAGCACAGCUUACCAAAAAUCAACCACAACACCAGAGGAAGAAACUACUUCUCAGAAACCAAUUACCCAAAAAACAACAAAGUUUUCAACAUCUGCUGGUGAAUUAAGUUCUACAAGAAAAUCAUCAACUGCAUCUGGUGAAGUGACAUCCGCUUACAAAACUUCUAGACUGAGCACAGCUUUCCAAAAAUCCACCACAACACCAAAAGAAGAAGAAGAAACUACUUCUCAGAAGCCAAUUACCCAAAAAACAACAAAGUUUUUAACAUCCACUGGUGAAUUAACUUCCACAAGGAAAUCUUCAACUGCAUCUGGUGAAGUGACAUCUGCUUACAAAACUUCUAGACAGAGCACAGCUUUCCAAAAAUCAACCACAACUCCAGAAAAAGAAGAAGAAACGACUUCUCAAAAGCCAAUUACCCAAAAAACAACAAAGUUUUCAACAUCCGCUGGUGAAGUAAGUUCUACAAAAAAAUCAUCAACUGCAUCUGGUGAAGUGACAUCUGCUUACAAAACUUCUAGACUGAGCACAGCUUUCCAAAAAUCAACCACAACACCAGAAGAAGAACAAAAAACUACUAGUCAGAAACCAAUUACCCAAAAAACAACAAAGUUUUCAACAUCUGCUGCUGAAGUAAGUUCUACAAGAAAAUCAUCAACUGCAUCUGGUGAAGAGACAUCUGCUUACAAAACUUCUAGACUGAGCACAGCUUUCCAAAAAUCAACCACAACACCAGAAGAAGAAAAAGAAACUACUUCUCAGAAGCCAAUUACCCAAAAAACAACAAAGUUUUCAACAUCCACUGGUGAAUUAACUUCCACAAGGAAAUCUUCAACUGCAUCUGGUGAAGUGACAUCUGCUUACAAAACUUCUAGACUGAGCACAGCUUUCCAAAAAUCAACCACAACACCAGAAGAAGAAGAGAAAACUACUUCUCAGAAGCCAAUUACCCAAAAAACAACAAAGUUUUCAACAUCCACUGGUGAAGUAAGUUCUACAAGAAAAUCAUCAACUGCAUCUGGUGAAGUGACAUCUGCUUACAAAACUUCUAGACUGAGCACAGCUUUCCAAAAAUCAACCACAACACCAGAAGAAGAACAAAAAACUACUACUCAGAAACCAAUUACCCAAAAAACAACAAAGUUUUCAACAACCGCUGGUGAAGUAAGUUCUACAAGAAAAUCAUCAACUGCAUCUGGUGAAGUGACAUCUGCUUACAAAACUUCUAGACUGAGCACAGCUUUCCAAAAAUCAACCACAACACCAGAAGAAGAAGAGAAAACUACUUCUCAGAAGCCAAUUACCCAAAAAACAACAAAGUUUUCAACAUCCACUGGUGAAGUAAGUUCUACAAGAAAAUCAUCAACUGCAUCUGCUUCCCAAAAAUCAACCACAACACCAGAAGAAGAACAUAAAACUACUACUCAGAAACCAAUUACCCAAAAAACAACAAAGUUUUCAACAACCGCUGGUGAAGUAAGUUCUACAAGAAAAUCAUCAACUGCAUCUGGUGAAGUGACAUCUGCUUACAAAACGUCUAGACUGAGCACAGCUUUCCAAAAAUCAACCACAACACCAGAAGAAGAAGAAGAAACUACUUCUCAGAAACCAAUUACACCAAAAACAACAAAGUAUUCAACAUCCACUGGUGAAUUAACUUCCACAAGGAAAUCUUCAACUGCAUCUGGUGAAGUGACAUCUGCUUACAAAACUUCUAGACUGAGCACAGCUUUCCAAAAAUCAACCACAACACCAGAAGAAGAAGAAGAAACUACUUCUCAGAAGCCAAUUACCCAAAAAACAACAAAGUUUUCAACAUCCACUGGUGAAUUAACUUCCACAAGGAAAUCUUCAACUGCAUCUGGUGAAGUGACAUCUGCACACAAAACUUCUAGUCAGAGCACAGCUUUCCAAAAAUCAACCACAACACCAGAAGAAGAAGAAGAAACUACUUCUCAGAAGGCAAUUACCCAAAAAACAACAACGUUUUCAACAUCCACUGGCGAAGUAAGUUCUACAAGAAAAUCAUCAACUGCAUCUGGUGAAGUGACAUCUGCUUACAAAACUUCUAGACUGAGCACAGCUUUCCAAAAAUCAACCACAACACCAGAAGAAGAACAAAAAACUACUACUCAGAAACCAAUUACCCAAAAAACAACAAAGUUUUCAACAACCGCUGGUGAAGUAAGUUCUACAAGAAAAUCAUCAACUGCAUCUGGUGAAGUGACAUCUGCUUACAAAACUUCUAGACUGAGCACAGCUUUCCAAAAAUCAACCACAACACCAGAAGAAGAAGAAAAAACUACUUCUCAGAAGCCAAUUACCCAAAAAACAACAAAGUUUUCAACAUCUACUGGUGAAUUAACUUCCACAAGGAAAUCUUCAACUGCAUCUGGUGAAGUGACAUCAGCUUACAAAACUUCUAGACUGAGCACAGCUUUCCAAAAAUCAACCACAACACCAGAGGAAGAAACUACUUCUCAGAAGCCAAUUACCCAAAAAACAACAAAGUAUUCAACAUCCACUGGUGAAUUAACUUCCACAAGGAAAUCUUCAACUGCAUCUGGUGAAGUGACAUCUGCUUACAAAACUUCUAGACAAAGUACAGCUUUCACAAAAUUAACCACAACACCAGAAGAAGAAGAAGAAACUACUUCUCAGAAACCAAUUUCCCAAAAAACUACAAGGUUUUCCACAGCCUCCGGAGAUGUAACUUCAACCAGAAAUGAAUCUGAAGAAGUGACAUCUGCUUACAGAACAUCUAAACCAAGUACAUCUAAGCAGAUAUCAACUACAAAGCAUGGUGAAGAAAAAUCUACAACCCAGAAACCAUUUUCCUUAAAAACCACUAAGGUUUCAACUGUAUCUGGUGAAGUAACCUCUACUAGAAGCUCUUCAAGUGAAUCUGGUAAAGUGACAUCUCCUUACAUAACAUCUAGACCAAGUACAAUUGCCCACACAUCAAUUACAACGCAUGAAGACAUCACAACUCAUAAGCCAGCCUCAGCAAAAUCCACAGUUCAACAAACAUUUACAACAGCCAAUUGUAUGUGCAACUUUAAUGGCAUUCUGGUUCCUCCUGGCAAAGUGUUAUAUAACACAACUGAUAAUGCAGGCUGGUGUUUCUUUGCUCGAUGCAAUGAGACCUGUCAAGUGGAGAGAUAUAGUGAAGAAUGUGACCGUUUUACACAAAAAACCACCACAAGCAGCACUGAAAAAACUGUCACUACCAGAACAGCGACCACCACUUCCCAAGAGCCGAGCGUUACAACCACCGCAACAUCCCAGACAAAGCAUUCUGUUACAGCUCCUUUCUCGUCCAGCACCCCAACAUACGAGUGCAGUGCACUGAUGCCACCUAGAAAGAUGAAUGAAACCUGGGCUAUAAACAAAUGUUCCAAUGCAACUUGUGUUGGUCAGAACAACAUAGCAAUACAAACGAUGCAAUGCCCAUCAGUUCAAAACAUUGUCUGUGCCAAUCGCUUCCAACCAAGGAAAAUAUAUGACGAGAGUGGCUGCUGCUAUCAAAAUCAAUGUGAAUGUGUUUGUGGUGGUUGGGGAAACUCGCAUUAUAUCACUUUUGAUGGUACUUACUAUGAUUUCUCUGGACAAUGUACCUAUGUCCUUGUUCAGCAAAUCACACCACUAUUUGACCAUUUCCGAAUUUAUAUUGAUAACUUCAAUUGUGACCCCAAUGAUCCAAACUGUGUGAAGUCACUUCGGAUCAUGUACAAUAAUGAUACUGUCGUGCUGGAGUCCCGAGAGGUCAACUACAGACCGGAGAGCGAGAUAUACUUCAACGAGGAGAGGGUGUACCCAGCAAUAAACAGAAAUGGCAUUAUUAUCUCUUACUCUGGUAUAUUUGUGAUUGUGGAGAUACCAGAGUUGUCCGCCUACAUCUCAUUUAAUGUCAUUAGUUUCACUAUUAGGUUGCCAUUCAACAAGUUUUCAGGAAAUACGGAAGGCCAUUGUGGCAAGUGUUCCAAUAACCGUAUUGAUGAUUGCAUACUGCCCAAUGGACAAAUAGCUCCAUCUUGUGCACAAAUGGCAGGAGAAUGGGGUGCAACAGACCAGGAUUCAUCUACAUGUAGUGCAACUUCCACCAUUUCCCCUUCCACUAUCAUCCAAACCACAUUCCCAUUUUCCAUCAAGGCAUCCACAUAUUUCUCUACAUUGUUAUCUACCCUACCUCCAACAAUCGCAUCAUCAGCCAUUCCACUUACAGAACUGUCCACUUUACCAUCUACCAAUACUGUACCCAAUUCCAUGACAAGUGGCAAUGGGCCCUGCGAAAUUCCAGAGCUCUGCUCUCUCAUCCUUAGCAGCGUCUUCAAGCCUUGCCACUCAGCUGUGCCCCCCGAUCCAUUCUUCCAGUCCUGUAUCCAUGAUGGAUGUCACAAAACCGAGAGUGGAAUUCUCUGCUCCAGUUUACAGAGUUAUGCCAGAAUAUGUGCUACAGAAGGCAUCUGUAUAGAUUGGAGGAACAGUACUAAUGGCAUAUGCCCCAAGAAUUGCCCUGAAGGCACAGUUUAUAAACCAUGUGCUGAUCCAACAGAACCUACCUGUAACUCCAAAUACAACGAAAUGUUCACACAGAACAACAAACAUGAUAUUGUGGAAGGAUGCUAUUGUCCUGAGGGUACCACCAAAUUCAACACAAUGUCGAGCAUAUGUGUCACCUCUUGUGGUUGCACUGGCCCUGAUGGAAUGCCUAAAGAGCUGGGAGAAGAAUGGGAAAGUAACUGUCAAACAUGUCAAUGUGAUAACCAGACAAUGAGUGUGCAGUGUACACCAAAACUAUGUUCUUCACCUACUCCUAAUGUCUGCACAGAGGAAGGAUCUAUGCCAGUAUCGGUGCCCGACCUUGCCAACCCCUGCUGCAUGGUGACAGAAUGCAGGUGUAACCUCAGCCUGUGUAUAAGUGAGAAGCCUGUUUGUGCACCUGGCACUGAAGCUGUGUCACAUUACAACGAAGGAGCCUGCUGCCCUGCCUACACAUGUGAGCCCAAACUUGUAUGUGUGUAUAACAGAACCGAGUACCAGCCCGGUGCUAUUGUUCCUUCAACUAAUCCGUGCGAGCAGUGUAACUGUGAAAUCACCAUGAACAAUCUUUCCAUCUCCUGCAUGCCACGUGUGUGUCAAAUAAAUUGCGCAGAGGGUUAUGUGUAUCAAGACAUGCCAGGAAAAUGCUGCGGAGAGUGUGUACAGACCCACUGUGUCAUGGACCUUCCAGAUAACUCUACUUACCUGCUGGCGCCUGGAGAGAUCUGGUCACCUCCUGGUGAUAACUGCACACAUUACGAGUGUGUGAAGAAAAAUGACAAGUUGUUCCCUAUGGCAUCCAAAAUGUCCUGCCCCCAAAUCGACCUGGAUAACUGUCUCAAUGGAACAAUUCAAAUGGACGACACUGGAUGCUGUCAGACCUGUGUCCAAAAACCCACAAAGUGUCAGAAGACAAAAACAAAAAGCAUUAUCCUUCAAAAUGGCUGCACGUCCCUUUCCCCAGUGACAAUGUCCUACUGCUCAGGCAGCUGUGACAGCUCCUCCAAAUAUUCGGAAACUGCACAAGCCAUGCUGCGCCAAUGUACGUGCUGCCAGGAAACUAAAACGGAAAAUGUGACCAUCGACUUAAGCUGUCCCAAUGGUGUAACCAACAAAUAUUCCUUCAUAAACGUCAUUAGCUGUGCCUGUGUUGAUACCCACUGCAAGGAAUAUGAGACGGGGGACAAAAUAAGUAGCGAAGAUACUAACUACACUACUAAGGAAGAGAGUGUCAAUUCAAACUAACAAAAGCAGUCUCUCUAAAGAGAGAAUUGAUAGAUAUACAAGGCGGACUUGUAACAAAUUCUUAGCAGUGAGCAAGAUUCAGGGAUAAUAUAAAUUGCACAAAACCAUUGUGAAAUACUGAAAUUAAACCUAAGCACCUUAAAAUGAG